CCUUCUGUAACACAAACACUAGGGUUAACACCAUGGGAGUACUUCUGAAGCUGUGCUGUCUGGUGUGCCUUCUGACGGCGGAGUUACCGACCCAGGUCACAGCCAACACGUUCUGUACAGUUGACCAAGCCAACGCCUGGAGGAAUGCUCAGCUUGCUCUGGUUCCCUUAAAUGCUAUGUUGGGAAUAAUAAGUGACCAAAAUGCGGAGAGGGCAAGAAUCAACGCAGAGGCUGAUGCCGCCGUAGCAGCUCUGCAAGCCGAGGCAGCCUUCUCCCAACAAGCCAAUGUGUGUACUGGAAGCACAACAUGUCCGUGUUCGGAGGCGUACUCGCAGAGCUACGAAACCAACUGUGGUUUUAUUGGAUGGUCAUCCUGUACAAGAUACCGAACAUCGUAUAGGGAAACCACCUGCCCCAAAACAACGUACUUCUGCUGCUCUGGCUACGAGUACUCACAAAGCCGAUGUAUUCGAAUCUGUACCGACCCGCUGUGUAACUCCCACCUGUGCGACAAUGACCAGUGCCCAGGCUGUGUGCACGACUAUGGAACCUACAACGGCAAACCGGCCAGGGCCUAUGACGCUUCCGGCAUGAACUGCUAUCAGCGCUGUUCGUGGAGAAGCGACAGUAACCUGUGCUUCCCUGGUACGUGUGAGCGGAUUGGUUCCUGCUCCUGCACUUCUGGUUUCUCUGGCAGUUCCUGCACAACAAUCGAUUCCACCCCAACGUUUACACAUUGGUUGGGAAAGCUGCAUGACAACUCCGGAGGAACAGCUGAUUUGGACACGAACAAUCAGGAAGUCUGGACCAACAAGAUCCCUACUAGUCUGGACUUUGAAUGGUUCCUGUCCUACACGAGACCAAACCCUGCCUUCCACUCCUACAUCCGGGCAUUCAAAGUCGGCAUCAUGGAGAGCAAAGUGAGCUGGAGCCAGAAGAGGAACACCUAUCAGGUCGUUACUGGUGGUACCAUCAACUGUGACAUGGCUCUCAGCAACAGUAACCCUCCCCUGGACUCUGCCAUACAAUGUACCAACGAUCAAGCAACCUCACUGAACAUCAUCCAUGGCGACGAGAUUGAGGUAGAGAUUUCUGCCAAGCUCGGUGGGUACUUCACCUAUCACGACUUCGACACCGGGCAGAACCACAACCGAUACUUCACAGACGGACCGUGGCGAAGAACCGCCUCCGGGGCCAAGUGGAUGUAUGACUCCACCACGCCAACUCACUCCGGGACGUUUGCUCAGAUGUUGGACGUCGGGGAUCCCUUCACAAAACAGACUUCCAUCACAGCCCGUUGGAGUGGAUGGAGUGACACCGGGUCUGGUAUACAGAACUAUCACGUGCAGGUUUACCGCAUGGACCACACUCAAGGGGACACACUGAGGGAGGGGUUCACUCCUUGGAUUGACGAGACCCUGGAGUCCUCUGCCAGUUCCUACACGAUCAACAUGGCGGGUGAGGACCCGGGCGUGUUCUCGGUGGUGACAACUGUUGAAGACGCCUCUGGUGGCAACGAGGCAGGGAAUAUCGAGAGGACACGUCGGUUCUACUUGUACGACUCUACUUCGACCAUCACCGUUGACGACUCCGCUGGGCUAGCAGAGAAUGGCGACAUGUGGAUCUCUACAACUGUGGUGGACACUGACUACCUGUGGCAGACGAAUCUUGACCAAGUCGUCACCGUAGAGUACAUGGACCACUUCAUCCAACACACCCACCACAACGGCAAGUUCCUGAACGCCAUUGCUGAAUUCUUUGUACCCGUGCCCCAAGCGAACGACGACUUCGACACCACGGAACGAUCUCGGCAGGCCAUCGUCAACCAGAAGGGAGUGGUGACCUUUGAGACGUCCUACCAUGUUGACCACCAAGGAGGAACAACAAAAACUUCCGGUGCGUGGACCAGUGUGGAUGAUCUUCACGCAGGGUCACAGUCCCUUACCAUCUCUAGAGUUGACGGUGACACUGUGACGACCUACAUCAGAGCUACUGACAUCCUAGGAAACCAGCAGACCGACGAAGUGUCCAUCCACAUCGACAGCUCUCCUCCAAUCAUCGAAGACUUCUGGCUGGAGAAGAAUGGCGUGGAGGGCAUAACUGUCCACAAUUCCAGAGAUCUUUAUGACUGUCUGGUGAAGUUCACAACAUACGACAUCCACAGCGGUCUGUACACAAUCUACUGGCGGUUGGUGGAUAUGGCGGACGAGUCCAUUGUCCAUGGGGACGGCAACUUGGCUGUUCGCGUCUCAUCUGAUGCUGAGCCGUGUACAGCGGACACCUGUAAGUGUACCCCCAUGGAACCCUGCUACAUGACCAAGUACGAGAUAGUGCCUGACGCAUCUAAGAUGGACAUCCCUAUAGGAGAACACGACAGCGACUACUACUUCUACGUCACCGUCACAAACCGUGCUCGGCUGUCCACCACCGAAAGACUGCAGAUUACAGUCGACAUCAGUCCUCCAGAACCGGGCCACAUCAUUGACAACUAUGCCGGUCAGGCUGAUAUUGACUUUCAGAGUGAUCCAAACAUGCACUUUAGCUGGGAAGGAUUCUUUGAUCACGAGAGCGGCGUCAGGAGCUACCAAGUGUUCUUUGGAACUCGAUGCGGGCUCCCGGGUGACUUCGGCAUCCCUGUGCCUGAUUCGGCAACAGAAAAGACGACCACCGAGCUACAACACAGCUUCACGGCCUCCUCCCCCGGCACGUACUACUGCACCGUGGUCGCCUUUAAUCGCGCCCUGUCUGCCUCCGAACCGGUGUGUUCUGACGGAAUCCUGUACGACACGUCUCCGCCGUCCAUAUCCAAUAUCGUCAUAGAGAAUAUCCGGGCAAGGACGGGAGCGAUCAAAGAUGGCGGCGGGAACGUUUGGAUGGUGGAUGACCAACUCAGAAAGGUCGCCGUGAACGGCCCAUCGUCUACGUGCAGCUCAGCGGCCAGACAGGUUGCCGACCCCGCUAUCUUCACCGAUCGUCCAAUGGUAAACGUCAACGCAGAUUUGAAUGACGACCCAGAAACCGUUAGGAUGGCUACGUCUGCGGGAUGUGAAUCAGAUGGUGCUCUUGGAUCUCCAUUUUUCAUGGUUGUUGACAAGCAUUUGGCUGUUUACUGGAACGGUUCUGACGUUGAGAGUCAAAUAAAUGACUACCAGGUCGGCCUGAGUUCUACUGAAUCUGGUGCCUCCAGUCCAGACAUCAUGCCUCUCACCUCAACUCACGGACACACCGUCUUCAAGACUAGACAUUCUGGUCUGGGCGAGGGACAAGAAUUCUACCUCGGUGUCACUGCGACAAACAGAGCAGGCCUAUCUACCACAAAGACUAUUGGGCCGAUUGUGGUUGAUGCAAGGCCCCCUACGUUCUCAGGCCAGGUGACAUUGGCGCUGGAGGAUGACUACCUCGUGGCACGAUGGCCUGCUAACGGGUUUUCCGACGACGAGGAUACCGAUUUGCUCACCUACGAGUACGCAGUUGGUCACGAGGCUAAUAGAGAGGACAUCUUGGAGUACACAGCCUUAACUAGCGUGGGUCCGUGUGGGGGCGCUUCCGGGUGCACAGCCAUUCACAGGGACAGCCUACAGUGGGGUCUACACGGAACGCAUUCAUACUACGUGUCUGUCAAGGCCACGGACUUUGUUGGACUGUCCACCGUGGCCACGUCCUCUCCGUACGUCCAUUACGAGGGCGAGCCGACUGCUGGUGUGGUAGAGGACAUCAACCCUGACCCACAGGCUCCUGUUUACGACUAUCUUCAGUCGGCCGACGCAGACUUCCAGACGACCACCACCACGCUAUCGGCCCGCUGGUCCGGCUUCCUACACGAACAUCAGGACAUCUCGUACCAGGUGGGGGCCGGGACGUCACCAGGUGCCACGGAUGUGGUCGGCUUUACUUCUGUUGGACAAAACACGGAGUGGAGCAGGGAUGGACUGAGCCUGACAUCCUUCCAGACCUAUUACAUCACAGUUAAGGCCAGUAACAGCAUCGGGGACACAACUGUCACCUCAGAUGGAAUAACGGUUCUACAAGACGGAGACGCUCUUCAGGGGGCAGAGGUCAUCGACGGACAGGAGUGUUCUGAUCAGCACGAUGAAAUAUAUCAAAUACAGACAAUUCGCUCUGCCUGCUAUGACACAUCGCCGUCGAUCUACCAGACAUCAAAGACAGCGGUGGCUGCCCAUUGGUCCAUCCCACCUGCCAAUCAAGCUCACGUGACCCACGUCCAAUGGUCCAUCGUGCAGGAGGUAGAGGGGGAGGAGACUGUGGUGCAGGACUAUGUGAACCUCGGGAUGGCGUCCCACGGGAUGGCUGUAAAUCAAGACCUGUACCUCUCUCCCGAUGUCACCUAUAAGUCUAAAGUCUUGUUCUGUCAUCAGGCUGGCUGUUUUGCUCCAGUCUACAGUUCAGGAUUCCUGGUGGCUCCUGACCCACCACUUCCCGGAACACUUCACGUCACCAGUCCGUAUCCAGACUCGGGCACAAGGAGCGCUGACGUCAUCUUUGACAAGUUCAGUGACCUGUACUACCCAACUGAUGACGUCAUGAACUUCUAUGACUGGGCCGUCGCAGAUGACUCGGAGAAUGGAAAAUUACUGACUGACUGGGCAACAGUCGCGCCAACAUCUUCCAAUGAAACAACAAUUUCCUUCUCUGUUGAUGGACUGCCACGUGAUCUGACCAAGUGUCUGAGUCUGGUUGUGAGAGGACACGCCCACACGGGGCUGUCGGCAUCUGUGUCCAGUGAGAUCGUCCAGUGCGAAGAAACCAGCACCAACAGAGGCCUGAACUACUCAACAGUCAUAGACACUCGCCCUAACAUCACACUGGAGUUGAACGCAGACUGGACCGAGUAUGACAUCGACUACACCAAUGAGACAACCAUGCUGUCUGCCGUUUGGCCGACAUUACGUCACCGGAAGUACGAGUGGGCCGUACUAGAGGAUAAGACAGGGUCCAGUCUAUCCGCCAUGGCCGGACACCACCUUAGUGUUCCCAACCCGUGUGACCACCAGGAUAUGAUACAGUGUGGAAGAACUACGAGUGAAUACAUCAACGUGGAAGGUCUGAGCCUGGAACAGAACAAGCGGUACAUCGUGUGCAUCCAUGCAGAGGAGACGUCCAUAACGUACGAGAGGUGGGUGGAGACCCUUCCAGAGACGGCCGUCUGUAGCAGCGGGGUGACGGUAGAUGUGACUCCGCCCAACGCCGAUGCUGCCGACGUCUGGAUUGGCUCCAAUGACAAAUCCAAUUACCAGGUGUCUAGUACAGAGCUCUAUGUACAAUGGGACGGAUUCGUCGAUGUUGAAGAACAUGACGUCUCUAUGCACCACUCAGGAAUUCAACGUUACGAGUACGCUAUCGGUACAAUUGCUGGAGGAAACGACGUGCAAGCCUGGACAGAUGUGGGAGUUACAGAUCAUGUUCUACUGCACGGGGUUAGACUGCAGCACGGGUGGUCGUACUACGCCACUGUUACAGCUGUGGACUUUGUCGGACUGUCAACAACCAAAGGUUCACAGAGAGUGACCGUUGAUACCACGCCACCACAGAAGUCAGACACACAUAUCAAUGUCGGAGACAGUUUUCACUUCAGUUCGGCAUCUGUGACUGCAAGCUGGGAGGGUGUGUUCUACGACACAGAGAGUGGGGUUUCGUUCUUUGAGUGGGCAGUCGGCUCCAGGGCUGGUCAUGCCGACAUCUACCCCUUCACUAGGGUGGAGGAGACGGAGGCAGAGACUGAUGAGAACAGUCCUCUUCAGCUUCACGAAGGGCAUGAAUACUAUGUCUCCAUCAAGGCUUACAAUGGAGCCGGGCUGAUGACUAUGGCGACUUCCUGGGCCGUGGUUGUUGAGACGUCCCCACCUGAGGCUGGGAACGUGUAUGACGGACCCACAAUUGGCACCGUGAACGACAUAGACUAUCAAGAUUACGUCACCGCCAUCCAUGCCCACUGGGACGGUUUUUACGACCCCCAUUCUGCCAUUGUGAGCUACACGUGGAGCGUCGGGGUGUGUGCUGGGUGUAGCGACAUUCUUGCUCCACAGAACGUUGGGCUUCUUCAAGCUGCAAGUGUGGACGCCCUUCAGCUGACCCCUGGAGAGACGUACUACGUGACGGUGACAGCGUGUAACGCUGCCGACCUCUGCACCACGGUGUCGUCUGAUGGAGUUAUCCCCGACGACUCCCCGCCGGUGGCUGGGAGAGUCCUGGAUGGGGCCCAGGGAGAGGAGGCCUCAUACCAGGCAUCCACAAGCAGUUUGGCUGCUCACUGGUACGGGUUCAACGACCCCCACUCUGGGCUGUCCCACUAUGAGUGGCGCGCUGGGACCACACCGGGUGGAAGUAACAUCGUGGGAGUGACACAGCUCCACCUGACGAAUGUAGCUGUAAAGACAGGACUCUCCCUCCCUGUCAACACCAUGAUCUACAUUACUGUGAAGGCCUACAACCAUGUGGGGAUGUCUGUGGAGACCACGUCCAAUGGUUUCCGUGUAGACACCUCUGCUCCGACAGUGACGACAGCAGUGUACUUUGACCACACCCAUGGUUCCCUUGUGAGUGGAACACAAACAUGGCGGUCUGCUGUGAAGAUAAGAUGGCGGUUUGACGACAGCGAGAGUCUGGUGGUGGAUCAGCACGUCUCGCUGUCCAACCAUCACGGGGCGGAGGUCGCCAACAUAAAGCUCAAUGGCACCGUGUACGAGUACACGUUCACUGAGCUCGCACUGGAUGAUGGGAACAACUAUGUUGCAAAGGUGAUCGGAUGUAACAACGCAAGACUCUGCACACAAACACAGACUGGGUCUCUCUUGGUGGACUCCUCGAAGCCUUUAACCGGACACUUUGCGGUCAAUACUGACCACGCUGCCAGGCUGACCAGGCACAGGGACAGCUGGAUGACCUACGACAACAGCGGAACUCCGACCCUGAAGCUGGCCUGGCUCGGCUUUAGUGACUACCACUCUGGGAUAGACAGACUCAUGGUGGCUGUCGGAAGUGGCUUCUACGGAAGGGACAAGACUCUGAAUGGUGCACCCCAGGUUCUGGCUCAUGGCAAUCAAGUUGGAGACCAGGAGAAUGACGAAGGUUACGUCUACACAGGAAGUGUUCAACUGUCAAGUUCAGUGUCUGACUACAGCACGCUGUACAUCUCUCUAUGGGCCAUCAACGGGGCUGGGUUGGCAAGUACCGUGCUGCACUCAGCUUUCCAGGCGGUUCCUGCCUCUGGUUCCACCGGGAGUUUGACGCUGGUCCGCCGCUGUGACGCUCACUCCUGCUACGGACACUGCAUCUGUGCACCCUUCAACCAGAACUGUGCACGGCCCAGUGACAACACCUGCACACAACUGGACAGCUCCGAUUCAAGCUACUCCAGAAUCGAAGUUUACGACAAGACUGACUACAGUCUCCUGACCAAUGGGGACACGUCUGACGCCGCCUACACCUACUCCACAUGCGCACUGGCGGCCACCUGGAGGGAGGCUACAAUAGGGUCUGCUGGGAGACCUUAUAGAUAUGAGUGGAGCGCUGGAAUCAGUGGACAAACUGUCGGCUCAGGGCUGUUUGAUCUUGUCUACGACCGUGUCUGGUACGAUGUAGGUCUGGAGACCAGCGCUGUUCUCACCCUUCCUGUGGGAACUUCACUGGAGGUUGGUGCGAGCUAUGUGUUCUAUGUGAGGGCCUGGUACACAGACAAUAUCUACAGAGAGUUUCAGUCCAAUGAUGUGAGAGCUGAUCAAACUCCACCGAAAAGGUCAAGUUCAAGAAAGAUCAAAGACCUGACUUCCACCUCAGAACAACAUGAUAUCGAGUACAUGGCCCAGACAGACAGUCUGAGCGCCAGCUGGGAGUACGUAUUUCUUGAUGCCAUCAAUAGUGGGAACGACUAUCAUUUGGAGCGCUUUGAGUUGUCCCUGGGCACUUACCCUGGAGGAGAAGACGUGAAGAGGUUUGCCGACAACGUUGUCUCAGGGACCGCCACGUCCCACACCUUCACGGGCCUGUCUCUGCAGUCAGGCAAGACGUACUACACCUCGGUACGGGCGUACAACCAUGCCGGACUCCACAGCACCUUCCACAGCGAUGGUGUCAUGGUGGACACUGUAGCACCCACAGCAGGAGUGGUCUUUGAUGGGCAAGAUGUCAGGGACAUUGCGUACACGUCGGACGCAACUGUUGUGUCAGCAUCGUGGCAUGGGUUCAACGACCUGGACUCGGGCAUAGACAAACACUUCUGGUGCAUUGGAGAAACCAACAGCCAAUCAGAGUGCGACAUCAUGGGAUGGACAGACACCGGUUUGUUGCAAGAGGGAACCGUUACUCUAGGAAGCAGCCUGACCAAUGGACAACGUUACUACACCAAGGUGAAGGGUCAGGACGCUGCAGGUCACCAGUCACCAGUUGCUGUGUCUGAUGGGUUCCUUGUGGACACCUCCCCUCCCAUACCAGAGGCCAACCUACAGAUAGGGGACAACCUGCUCAUCAAUCCGUCAUUUGAAGAUGCAGUAGAUGGUGGAGAGGGUUGGGUACUGGAAGGCGACUCUGUGGCCCAGCAGAUCUCCUCCUUACCUACUGAUGACUUCCAGACGAAGCACGGACGUUCUCAUCUCCUUCUUCAUGGCAGCAUGUCUCAGACUUUCACCACUGUGGCAGAUCAAGAAUACAGGAUCUCCUUCUUUGUAAACCAUGACGCGACGACGGACGUCCCCCGCCUGACCCAGGAGGGUUUGCUGACAGCGCCAGGUCUUCAUCAGGUCUUCAAACUGCGGAACAGACAGGUGUCAACUGUCGACACCACCUCUACAGAGCAGUGGGACACCUGGCAAAAACAGAUCUUCUACUUCACUGCUGACGGCUCCAGUUCAAGUGUUACCAUCCAGUCUGUUGGGACGAAGGCAGGAAUUUCUCUGGAUAACUUUAAGGUGGAACCGGUGACCUACGCCACCACCACCUUUGACUCCAAUGCCGUCUACGACGGCUACAUCGACCUGACUGCCCAGACCCUGUCAGACUGGGGGUCGGUGUCGGCCAAGUGGAGCAUGGUGGAUCCAGAGUCUCCUAUUGUGGACUUCUCCUGGGCAAUUGGAACUACUAGAGGUGGAACCCAGCUGCAAGGUUUUGUGCCCCUCGGAAUCCAGGAGAGCGCUCGGAACAGCAACCUUUUCCUACAGCACGGUUCUUACGUCCACGUCACUGUGGUGGCCACCAAUGCGGCAGGGCUGUCGGCAGUGCUUUACUCCGACCCAGCGCUGGUCGACCUGACUCCACCAGUCAUAGGAACGGUUCUGGACGGUUCUGAACAGGAUUCAGUCGACCUUGAGUACCAGAACAGUGACGUCAUCUGUGCCCGCUGGCCAGAUGUUUCCGAUGAGGAAAGCGGCAUCAACUACUGUGAAUGGGCUUUAGGUACAUCCUCACACCUGGCUAACCUGAUGAGGUUCACCACAAGCUACAUCGCGGAAGACGGAAAAUCAGCCUGUAUUGACUCGUCUGGGUUCAUCGCACAUGGAGCGAAGGUUUACGUCAUCGUACGUUGUCACAACCACGCUGGCCAGUCUGCCACAGCCAGCUCAGACGGAGUGGUCCUGACCUCUGUGCCCCCCAGUAUUGAGCACGCCUAUGUGACGGUUGUGAUCGAGCCCGUGACUCAGUACGCACCCAGGAACCACUACCAGUACUCCCCGGACAAACUGCACAUCGCCUGGGGAGGGUUUGUGGACCCGUCCGGUAUCCAGUACUACGAGUACAUGGUCGAGGGUCCUGACUUCACCUUAGCUUGGCAGGAGGUGUCCUGGACAGGAGAGCACACGGCAACCCUGACGGACCUGCAGCUCAUUCCCGGGGACACCUACAUCGUCAGUGUCCGGUCUGUGAACUUCCUGGGGAUGCAGAGUGACUCUGUCUCCACGGAGGUCAACAUCGCACAUCACGGGAGGCCUUCCGUCAACAGUCACCUGCAGCUGUCGUGGGAAGAGCAAGGCACGAUGCUGAUCAAUUGGGAGGGUGCCUUCAGCUCCUUGAAUCCUAAUCUGUACUAUGAGGUGUCGGUGGGUCUAGUGGAAGGUGGAAGUAAGGCUGGACUCUGGUACGAGACAAAACAGACCAACAUGACGGUGUCUAGUCUGGACCAGACAAAGGAGUACCACAUCACUGUCAAUGCCAUUGACAGUGCUGGCAUGUACAUCACUAUCAAGGGUCAUCUGGAAGGAUGAGGCAGCAACGCAGUCUCAUAUUCAGUCACUAGUGUACAACUUAUGAAACAAGCAAGUAGGCUUGAGUACGACAAACAUUAAACAGUGUGUGCUGUGUUUUUGUUAGCAUUGACCAUCAGUCCUUAUACUCUGCUUGAAGUAACAGAAAAUCCUGCCCUUUUUCUUCUACCAACCAUCAGCAAUGUUUAGAAGUUGAAUGUAUCAUUUAUGAUACAGGCAAUGUAUACAUCAAGGCUUCCUUCUUUUUAGCUACACCUCGUUUUGACUUUACGGCAAAUAUCUACAAGUACAUCACAGACUUUUAAGAUGCUACCGUUUUAUAUGGGCGAAACAAUUUGUCUUCAAGCUAGUCCUUGUAAUGAUCUGAAAAUCAACCUUAUUGCUCUUGCAGUUGAAAUAUCACCUUUUAGUCUUAUUUUAAGCCUGCUGUUGUAUCUGAAGGAAAAAUAAAAUGUGUGCAUCACGA